AUACACAUACAAGUUUCUACAUUGAAGUUCUAGGUCAUCAUGCAAGAGACAAGAUCACGUUCAAGAUUCGAUACGAGGACUGCACUAAUCGUAUUAAUCCUAUCUACAUUAUUAUAUCAUUCUUAUUAUUUUAUAUAUAAACCCAACGAAUUUAGUUUGGAACUCGUACAAGUGUUAUUCAGACAUGGAGAACGAGCGCCACUUGCUAAAGAAAUGUAUCCCAACGAUCCUCACCAUGGGUCUUCUUACGAACCAUGGGGGGUCGCUCAGUUGACAAAUGAAGGAAAAAUGCGUGAAUAUUCGAUCGGGAAAAUGUUGAGGCAACGCUAUAAUGAUUUCUUGGGCGAUUUAUAUCAUCCUAAAGACGUAUACGCUCGUAGCACGGAUAUCGAUCGGACUAAAAUGUCCCUGCAAUUGGUUUUAGCAGGUCUUUAUCCACCAUCGGAUAAACAGAACUGGAACCCGGAUUUACCAUGGUUAGCUAUUCCUACGCAUUAUGCACCAGAAAGAGUGGAUAAUUUGUUGAGGCCUCAAGCUUGUCCAAUGUACGAAGAAGCUUUAGAAGAAGUAAGGCAAUUAAAAGAAAUACGCGAUAAAAGUGAAGUUUAUACGGAUGUAUUAAAAUAUCUUACAAACGAAACUGGUAUGAAUGUUAAAACUCUCACUGCGGCUUACGAAAUUUUUAAUUUAUUGGCAGCACAGAAAGCUAUGAAUCUAACGUUGCCAGAAUGGUGUACCGAGAAUAUUUAUAAAAAGAUGGAGGAUAUCGUGUUUCUCGAAUAUGAGAUUCGUUCGUAUACAGCGACAUUAAAACGUUUAACCGGUGGCAUGUUGAUCAGACAAUUUAUAGAAAAUAUGAAUAUAACGAGAAAUAAACGAGAGAAUCCUCGGAAAAUUUAUCUUUAUAGCGGCCAUGAGAUUAAUAUAGCAGCUUUUACGAGAGCACACGAUAUUCAUAUACCCAAGUUACCUAGUUAUGGAUCAACGAUUAUAGUAGAAAAAUUACGUAAUAUCGAAGGAAAACUUUUUAUUAAGAUGCUUUUGUGGACUGGCGUGAGCGAGCAAUUAAUUACGCUUAAACUUAAAAACUGUGAUGAAAUUUGCCCAAUAGAUACAUAUCUAGAUAUAGUGAAAGACGUAAUUCCUUCUGACGAUGACAUAAAUUGCUAUUGGGAUACGAUAUCAAAAGAAGAAUUGAAAAAUCUAUUUGUCGAGAAAAUAUAUCUUAAUUAAUGAACAUCAUUUUGUGCCAAUUAAAAUGAUUUCAUCGCAUUGCAAUAUUAUUAAUUAAGAAAGAACAUCCAAUUCUUAAUGUUAGUUUAUUCAUUAUUGAUUAUUAAUUCCAUUAAAUAUUUUGUAGUUAUUUAUUUUAAACUGUUAAUCGAGAUUAAUAUUAUACAAUUUUAAAAA